CGUGUCAUCCACGAGUCUCCCAAAUUUCACAACCACAAAAAAUCAAAGCAUAACUACAAAUUUAGAAUUUCCUCCUAAAUUUACUUCCACUCAAAAACAUCAUCUUCAUCUUCUUCUUCCAUAAUUAUUCAUUCUACAGAAAAAAAAUUCAAUCAUGGCAUCUCUACUAGCAAACACCAUCUCUCGAUUCUCUCUUCAACCCUCUUGCGACCCACCAUCAUCCACCUUAAUUCAUCAAAAUCCCAAUACCCUAAAACCCAGAUUCCCAAAUCUCUCAAAAAUCAGAGCUGAAGUUGGGUACGAUUCAAGCGCAACAAUUACUUCUGACCCAGGUAAUAAAUCUAUUUCUCCUGCUUUAAUUCCUAAAAAUGAAGAUGACCCACUUCAGAGAUUCCUUAAAAGGGAGUAUAAAUGGGGUUUUAGUGAAAAAAUUGAUUCUUUUACAAUCCCAAAAGGGUUAUCUGAAGAAACAGUUAAGUUAAUUUCUGCCCUAAAAGAAGAACCUGAUUGGAUGCUUGAGUUUCGAUUGAGUUCAUAUCGUAAAUUUUUGAAGAUGGUUGAACCAAAAUGGUCAGAUAAUCGAUACCCACCAAUUAAUUUUCAGGAUUUAUGUUAUUAUUCUGCUCCUAAGAAAAAGCCCACUUUGAAUAGCUUAGAUGAAGCUGAUCCUGAGCUUCUUAAGUAUUUUGAUAAAUUGGGUGUGCCUUUGAAUGAAAGGAAUCGUUUAGCUAAUGUUAGUGGUAGAAAUGUGGCUGUUGAUGCUGUUCUUGAUAGUGUUUCGAUUGCGACUACACAUAGGAAGACAUUGGAGAAAUCAGGGGUAAUCUUUUGCUCGAUUUCGGAGGCGAUAAGGGAGUAUCCUGAUUUAGUUAAGAAGUAUUUGGGGAGGGUUGUGCCUUGUGAUGAUAAUUAUUAUGCUGCUUUGAACUCAGCUGUGUUUAGUGAUGGGUCAUUUGUUUAUAUACCUAAGGGUACUAAGUGCCCUAUGCAAAUUUCGACUUAUUUUAGGAUCAAUGCCUUUGAAACCGGGCAAUUUGAGAGGACUUUGAUUGUUGCUGAUGAGGGUAGUUUUGUUGAGUACUUGGAAGGGUGUACAGCCCCUUCAUAUGACACGAAUCAGUUGCACGCGGCUGUGGUUGAGUUGUAUGCUGAUGAUGAUGCGGAGAUUAAGUACUCUACGGUACAGAAUUGGUAUGCUGGUGAUGAAGAAGGGAAAGGGGGGAUUUACAAUUUUGUUACUAAGAGAGGAUUAUGUUCAGGGGAAAGAUCAAAGAUAUCAUGGACACAGGUGGAGACAGGGUCAGCUAUUACUUGGAAGUACCCUAGUGUUGUUUUGGAGGGAGAUGACUCGGUGGGUGAGUUUUAUUCUGUGGCUUUGACUAAUAAUUACCAACAGGCUGAUACUGGGACAAAGAUGAUACAUAAGGGCAAAAAUACCAAAAGUAGAAUUAUAUCCAAGGGUAUCUCAGCUGGGAACUCAAGAAAUGUGUAUAGAGGUUUAGUUCAAGUCCAGUCGAAGGCAGAAAAUGCUCGGAAUUCCUCACAAUGUGAUUCUAUGCUUAUUGGGGAUAAAGCUGCUGCAAACACUUAUCCGUAUAUUCAGGUAAAGAAUCCUUCAGCACGGAUCGAGCAUGAAGCUAGCACAUCCAAAAUUGGAGAAGAUCAACUUUUCUACUUCCAGCAAAGAGGAAUCGACUAUGAAAGGGCAAUGGCUGCCAUGAUAUCUGGGUUUUGCAAGGAUGUCUUCAAUGAGCUUCCAGACGAGUUUGGUGCUGAAGUGAACCAACUUAUGAGCAUCAAACUUGAAGGGUCAGUUGGUUAGAUACCUUUUUUAUUUAAAUGUGUUAUGUGUUCAUGUGGUUGCGAUGAUGGACGACUCCACCUUUGUGAAUAAUCGAGUAACAAAACUGUGCUCCCAUUUCCCUUUUGAGUCACACUUCAGAAAAUUGUAUGAUGCUUAGUUCUUAGGUCGACAAAGUUCUGUAUAUAUUGUGUUUCCAAAACAUAUGCUGUAUGAUUACCUCAACCUGCCAAAACAUACUAGUGAUAAGUGGUUCGUGUUUUUGUAAUGCAUAUAAGCUUUUAUUGUUCCCUCUAGUCUAUUACAUGUUUCUCGGUCAUCUCAAGGUAGUAUACCGCCUUCUUUCUUAAUUGAUGGUUACAUGUGUUCUUAGUGAAAAAUACUUCACAAAUAUUGUAAGUACUCCAUAUUUUGCAUUA